UUUGUUUUUGUUUUUCUUAUUUGUUUUUGUGUUUUUCUGAUUUGUUUUAGUGUUUUUUUGAUUUGUGUUUUUGUUUUUUUCUGUUAUGUUUUUGUGUUUUUGUGUUUUUCUGAUUUGUUUUUGUGUUUUUCUGAUUUGUUUUUGUGUUUUCUUAUUUGUUUUUGUGUUUUUCUGAUUUGUUUUUGUGUUUUUGUGUUUUUCUGAUUUGUUUUUGGGUUUUUCUGAUUUGUUUUUGUGUUUUCUUAUUUGUUUUUGUGUUUUUCUGAUUUGUUUUUGGGUUUUUGUGUUUUUCUGAUUUGUUCUUUAUGUUUUAUUUUCUUUUUGCUUCAAGUUUUAUUUUUCUACCUUGCAUCAAGUUUAUUUAUUUUUUUGCUUCAAGUUUUAUUUUUUUUUUGUUUCAAGUUUAUUUUCUGUUUCAAACUUAUUUUUCUACCUUAAAUCAACUUUAUUUUUUUGCUUCAAGUUUUUGUACUCUUUUUCACCUCUUAGCAUUUUUGUGGUGUAGUGGUAACGUAGUGGACUUUCCCCUUUCAUUCGGUGUUGCCCUUCCAGUAAUCGAAACAAUUGGGGAAGAAGAAGACGACGAAGAAGAAAUCCCAGUAACUCAAUCAGUUUUUGGUUUACAAGAAUUGCCAGUUACUACUGAAUCAAUUUUUGGACAAGCAAUAUUUCUUCUUUUACUUUUUGUUAUAUUAGCUAUAACUGGGACUGGAAUUGUUUUGUUAAUUACUAAAAUUAAAGUUAAUAAACAAAAUAAUAAUAAACAAUUGGUUGGGAAUAAACAACAAUUACAACGGUUGGAGGGAAAUAAUGGAAGAUAUCAAAGUCUAAAAUAUCCAUGUAUUCAACCAAAACAACAUAUUGGACCUAUAAUUAGUACAAGUUGUCAAGAUUGUGGUACACCUCGCUUACAACAUGAAUGUAGUACUCCUCGUCUUGAAAAACAACAAUGGCAUAAUAAUAAUACUUUUUUGACUCAAACAACCCCCACUUCAUUAAAAAAACAGCAACAUCAUUUAUAUGUCGACCCAACAACUUAUGAGGACCCAACACAAAUAUUAGCAGCAUUUACAAAUGAAAUAUAUGCAAAAGAUGUUGAAAUAACAAGAGUAAUAGGUAGUGGUGAAUUUGGGGAAGUUUGUUGUGGACGGUUAACUGUUGAAGAUAGUUAUGGACAGAGACAGCAACAAAUAGUAGCAGUCAAGCGUUUGUUACCUGAAGCAAGUUGCAAAGCUAAAACAGACUUUUUGUUGGAAGCUUCUAUAAUGGGGCAAUUUGAACACGAAAAUGUUAUUAGAUUAAUUGGGGUUGUUACAAGAACAGAGCCAGUUAUGUUAAUAACCGAAUAUAUGUUGUAUGGUUCUUUGGAUCAAUUUUUGAGGGCAAAUAGAGAUGGACAAUUAACUAUAUGUCAAUUAGUUAGAUUAUUGCAUGGAAUUGCUUGUGGAAUGAAUUAUUUAACUGAUAAGGCUUAUGUUCAUAGGGAUUUGGCUGCCCGUAAUGUUCUCGUCGACGACCGUUUAACUUGCAAAAUUGCUGAUUUUGGUUUAAGCCGAGGAUUACGUCCAAGUAACAACAGUUCUGGUAGUGGUUCUCCACCUUUUAUUGAACAGGAAUAUACAACACAACAAGGAGGGAAAAUUCCAAUUCGUUGGACAGCGCCAGAGGCGAUAAUGCAACAUAAAUAUACAACAGCUUCGGAUGUGUGGAGUUUUGGUGUUGUUAUGUGGGAGGUUUUAUCAUUUGGAGAACGUCCAUAUUGGGAUUGGAGUAACCACAGAGUUAUUCAAGAAGUUAUUCAUUCUGGUUAUCGUUUACCAGCUCCACAAGACACUCCAAAACGUUUAUAUGAAAUUAUGAUGACUUGUUGGUAUGCAGAAAGGAAUUUAAGGCCAACAUUUGCCCAAUUACUUUCACAAUUAAAUGCAUUCCUUACAGAUGUAGACUUUUUUUAUAAAUAUAUUUGA